CCAGCAACCGGCUUCCCCGAGCUUCCAGCAGCGCUGCCCGGCCGGGGAUGCGCUGGGAGCCAGGAUCUUGCGGCCGGGACCAGGCUGAUCUGAUCCAAAUUGGGCUGAGCAUCCCGGUCCCCCCCCAGGGAAAUUAAGAUUUGCAGCCCUGGGGUGCUGCAGGGUUUGGAAAAAGGGGAGAUUACAUCGAAACAGAAAGGCUGGUGCGAAAUAAGCCCACGGGGAAGUGUCACCCAGUUGUGAUUUGGCCGUAGCGAAGGGAGUGCUGGCAACCGCGCGUCUGCCCCCAAAAGAGGGCUUUCUGGCCCCAGAAGAGACUGGAUGGAAGAAGGGGGAAAGCUGGUGGCACCUGGUCCUCCGGGGAGAGAGCUGGGCAGCACUGGGAGCAGCCAAAAAGGAGACAGGACGCGGAGGGAGGACGAAGGUCCCCACGUGGAGCAGGAGGGUCUGGCUGAAGGCAAAAUGGGUGAAACUACGGUGAUAAAACCAGAAGGGGAUAACAGUGGGAAAGAUCAUGGGAUGGAGCCAAGGAAAGCAGGGAAUGAAUUCGCCUGUUGUGAUGGGGAUGGGCAGCUCGUUGUAGAAGAAAAUCUCUAUGAGUGUUCGCACUGCAAGAAAUGCUUCCAGGAGAGGUCGGAGCUCAUCUGCCAUCAGCGGCUGCACCGAGGGGAAAAGGCUUUCAAAUGCCAAGAGUGCGGCAAGGAAUUUGGGAAGAGCUCGGACCUGAGCUCGCAUCAGAAAAGCCACAUGGCGGAGAAACCCUACCAGUGCUCGACGUGCGAGAAGUUCUUCAAGGACAGGUCGACGCUCAUCAGGCACGAGCGAGUGCACACCGGGGAGAAGCCCUACAAGUGCCAUGAGUGCGGGAAGAGGUUCACCAGGAGCUCCGACAUCGUUGUCCACCAGCGGAUCCACACGGGGGAGAAGCCCUUCGAGUGCUCCGAGUGUGGCAAGAGGUUCAGCCAACGCUCCAACCUCUUCACCCACCGGAUCGUGCACACCGGGGAGAAGCCGUUCGAAUGCCACGAGUGCGGGAAAAGCUUCGCAAGGAGGUCGGAGCUCACCAUCCACCAGCGCACGCACACCGAGGAAAAGCCCUACCAGUGCUCCCAGUGUGAGAAGUCCUUCAGGGGGAGGUACGGGCUCUUCAGGCACGAGAGGUUGCACACUGGGGAGAAACCCUAUGAGUGCUCUGAGUGUGGGAAGAGCUUUGGGCAGAGCGGGGACCUUAUCACGCACCAGCGUUUCCAUACUGGUGAGAAGCCCUACCAGUGCGGCGAGUGCGGGAAGUUCUUCUGCAAUAAAUCCAGCCUCGUCAAGCACCAGAAAUGGCACUCAGGGGAGAAGCCCUACAAGUGCCAUGAGUGCGGGAAGAGCUUCGGGCAGAGCUCGGACCUCAUCGCCCACCAGCGCACACACACGGGGGAGAAGCCCUACCCGUGUGCCGAGUGUGGGAAGAGGUUCACCAGGAAAUCCAGCCUCCUCGUGCACCAGCGAGGCCACAGGGGACAGAGGACGGGAGAGAAGAAAUAUUUCUGCAAAGAAUGCGGGAAAAGCUUCAGGCACAACUCCAAUCUCAUCGUGCACAGGAGGACGCACACCGGGGAAAAGCCCUAUGCCUGCUGCGCGUGCGGGAAACCCUUCAGCGACAGGUCGAACCUCGCCAAGCACCAGAGGCUGCACAGCGGGCAGAAGGUUUUUCGGUGCCGUGAUUGCAGGAAAACCUUCGGGAAUAACCCUGAUUUCCUCGAGCACCAGAAAACACACACGGGCGAAAGGCCGUUUAAGUGCUCCGAGUGCGGGAAAAGGUUUUGGCACAGCACCAAGCUGGUGAUGCACCAGAAAACCCACGCGGCGGAUAAAAUCUACAAGUGCCCGCAGUGUGAAAAGCGCUUCAAGGACAAAUCCACGCUCCUCAGGCAUGAGAUGGUGCACACUGGCGAGAAGCCGUACGAGUGUCACGAGUGCGAGAAAGCGUUCGCUCGGAAAUCGGACCUGACCGUCCAUCAGAGAAUCCACACAGGGGAGAAACCCUUUGCUUGUGCCGAGUGUGGGAAGAGCUUCAAUCACAAAUCCAACCUCUUCACCCACCAGAGGAGGCACACGGGGGAAAAACCUUUCCAGUGCCAAGAGUGCGGGAAGAAUUUUGGCCACCGGACGGAUCUGCUGGUCCAUCAGCGGACCCACACGGGGGAGAAGCCCUUCCGCUGCUCCGAGUGUGGGAAGUGCUUCAAGGGCAGGACCACGCUCAUGCGGCACGAGAGGCAGCACACGGGUGAGCGGCCCUACACGUGUCCUGAGUGCGGGAAGAGCUUUGGGCUGAGCGCGGACCUGGUGGUCCACCAGCGCUUCCAUACGGGGGAAAAACCCUACAAGUGCGGCGAGUGCGGGAAUUUCUUCUGCAACAGCUCGAGCCUCGUCAGGCAUCAGCGGAAACACACAGGUGAGAAGCCCUACAAGUGCCACGAGUGUGAGAAGAGCUUCGCGCAGAGCACGGAUCUCCUCGAGCAUCGGACGACCCACACCGGGGAGAAGCCCUACCCGUGCCAGCAAUGUGGGAAAUGUUUUGGUAGGAAAUCCAACCUCAUCGUGCACCAGCGAGUGCAUGGACUCGGCAAACACCGGCGGGGUGGGAAAAGCUUCCAGGUGAAUCUGGGCCGCCCCGACGGGCUGAUGGACACUGCUGCUGCAGCGUGCUCGGGGUGCACCUAAGUGCUUUGGUGGAACUGUUGAGCAUCAGUAGUGACACGGAAGAGAAAACCCCUGCAAAUGCCUGGAGGAAAGAGGCAAAAUGGAGAAAAAGCUCAGUAGAUCCUAGAAGCGAUGGUGGGGAAGGAACAGCCUGUGGAACAUGAGAAGUCUUGAUGUUCCACAGCAGAGUCUGCAAGGAUGGGGGGAAUAACCUGUGUGUAUGUUUUAGGGUGGCCAAAGUAAAAUGUGAAAUGGUUUCUUAAA